AUGUGGCGUGCGCAAGUUACCGUAAAUCUAACGCAAAAUGAGAAGUUAAAGCAGCAAGAGGGAGGAGUAGAUGAUUGGGAUACGGACCCAGACUUUAUCAAUGAUGUAAAUGAAAAAGAAAGUCGCUGGGGUGCGAAGACUGUUGAAGGAUCUGGUCAUUUGGAAUCGGUUUCAUUAGAUCAGUUACGUAAAGAUGUAAUUAAAAGCGACGGUCUGAUAAAAGCCAAAAAAGCAUCAGAAAUGCCAAAAGCAAGUGAAGGAUAUGGUGGCAAAUUUGGCGUGCAGAAGGAUCGCAUGGAUAAGUGUGCCAAAACAUGGGAAUACGCUGGGAAGGUAGACAAACAUUCAUCGCAGAAAGAUUACGCUAAAGGUUUCGGUGGGAGAUAUGGUGUUGAAUUGGAUCGGAAGGAUAAAAGUGCUCAUGGUUGGGAUGAAAAGAUGGCUCUUUCUAAACAUGGAAGUCAAAUAGAUUAUGCGAAAGGUUUUGGUGGAAAAUAUGGAGUUGAAGUUGACAGGAAAGAUAAAAGUGCACUUGGUUGGGAGGAACAGGAGAAACUUCCACAACAUGAGAGCCAAACAGAUUAUAAGAAAGGUUUCGGUGGAAAAUUCGGUGUUCAAGAAGACCGCAAAGAUAAAAGUGCACAUGGAUGGGAAGAACGUGAAAAACUACAGCAGCAUGAAAGCCAAAUAGAUUACAAGAAGGGGUUUGGUGGUAAAUUUGGUAUUCAGGAAGAUCGUAAAGAUAAAAGUGCAAUUGGCUGGGAUGAGCAUGAAAAGUUAGCCACCCAUCAAAGUCAAGUAGAUUAUAAAAAAGGAUUUGGGGGAAAAUUCGGUAUCCAAGAGGACAGAAAGGAUAAAAGCGCUGUUGGUUGGGAUGAUUAUGAAAAAUUGAACAAACAUGAAAGCCAAACAGAUUAUAAAAAAGGUUUUGGUGGUCGUUUUGGUUUACAAGAAGACAGACAGGAUAAAUCGGCAAUAGGCUAUCAGCAGUAUGAUGAUCUUGUUCAACAGGACAGCGAGAACUAUGCUAAAGGCAACAUUCAAAAAGAACAAACACCGAAGAAGAAUGCUGUACCUGUUACACCAAAAGGAAUGGCUUUAAAUUUACGUGCUAAAUUUGAACAACUUUCAGUUGAUGAGAAUGACGAAAAAGUGCAGCAAGAGCGUGAACGUCGAAAACGGGAAGAUGAAGAACUACGCAAGCAAAGGGAAAAGGAGGAGGAAGAAAGACAGAAAAAAAUCGCUGAGGAGUGGAGGCGACGUGAAGAACUAGAGCAACAGAUGGAUCCGGAAGCAGUUAGAGAAGAAAUACGGAAGCAUGAGCAGUUGCACCAUACUGGAGGCGCUCCUAAACGACAUUCUCGUGCUCCAGCUGGAGCCGUAGCUAUAAUGCCUGGAAUAGCUGGAUCUCCUGCCAAACGUGAAACUUCUAUUGAGCUGCAUAAAAAUAUCGUUACAUCGGAGAAUUCUCCACCCCAACCUGUCAAAUUGCCACUUUUCAAUCUUUCAUCUAAUAAACUUUUCAACGGAAUGGAACGUUAUGCUCCACAUAAUGUUGAAAGGAGUGAAAAUGUCCAAAAUUGGAAUAAUGAAUUGCAGAACAACUUUGCACACUUAUCAGCUCACUCAGAGACAAAAGGAUUAACAACUGAAGAAGGAAUGUUAAGUGGAAAUAGGUAUGAUGUAGUACCGGGAGAUAACGCAGUACCGCCACCAGCACCUAUAACGCAGUCGCUACUAUCGGAGACGGUUACUGAGUAUAAUGAAAGACAUGAUGAGUCUUCUUUAGAGAGAGGACAAUCGAAAAUAAUAGCGGUAAGUGAUCCACUUUCAUCACCAACGCACCCACUUAGUUCUACAGGUCUUACAGCUGUUGCUAUUUACGAUUAUCAGAAGCAAGACGAUGACGAAAUCAGCUUUGAUCCUGAUGAUAUCAUCACCAAUAUUGAUCAGGUUGAUACUGGUUGGUGGCGGGGGCUUUGUAACGGGCAAUAUGGUUUGUUUCCAGCAAAUUACGUCGAAUUGCGAUAG